AUGAGAUUAUGCAUGAAGUACUUUGUGGCACUCCUCCUAGCUCUUGCACUUGUUAUAAGCAUCACUCUCUUUCCAUCUCUUUCAGAUGCCAUCUCCUCAUGCAGUGGCCCUUGUCGUACACUAGAUGAUUGCACCGGACAAUUGAUAUGCAUCAACGGAAAGUGCCAUGACGAUCCUGACGUAGGCACGCACAGCUCGCCCCCCGUAAUAUCUUCCACUCGAGCAACCUUGACGAACAACGAUUUCAGCGAUGGCGGUGAUGGUGGGGGCCCGUCGAAGUGUGACGAAAGGCACCACAAAAACUCGGAGCUGAUUGUUGCACUGUCGACUGGGUGGUAUGCCGACGGGUCUCGGUGCGGGAAUAGGAUCAAGAUAACAUCUAUGAAGACCAGGAGGAGCGUGAUAGCCAAGGUGGUCGACGAGUGUGACUCUAGGAAUGGGUGCGAUGGUGAACACGCCGAUCAGCCACCGUGUAGGAACAACAUCGUUGAUGGUUCAAACGCGGUGUGGCAUGCGAUGGGGCUAGACAUAGAAGUAGGUGAAGAGGAUGUUACAUGGUCCAUGGCAUAGAAAUUCAUGUGUUUUCCUCAUCCAGAGACGAUCCAAAUGAGGAGGAAUAAGAUCUCGAGGUUAACGGUGUGUUAAUUGACGAGGA